GUUUAGUUUUAGCGCCCUCAAGUGUCAAGGAAUUGACAGUUUACAUCAGCAGACUGUUGGUUUAUAAUCUGUUUUAUGGUUGUGCUGCUGUCGUGUACUAGGACUGCAAGUGACAGCAGAUAGUUCUGUACUGUGACUGUAACACAGUGUAGUGGGUAUGAUAUGUAUGUAUAAUACUAAUAUAGUCUCCAAGAAAAUGACCAAUAUUUGCAAGUGCAGUAAGGCAGUCCUCCAAACACCAAUCGGUCUAAUUUGUGUGACGGCUUGCAAUGUUGGAGUUCAUUCCAUCAAGUUAACAGCUGCUACGGAACUACCCACGGGUCACGAUGACAGGGUUACUACAUCAAUUACAGAGGCGCCUGACCAUUGGCCAGCUGCCCUGAGAGAGUGCACCGAUUGGCUAGCGAUGUACUUCAAAAAUGCUGAAGCAGCCUAUCAAAGACCUCUGCCUCUGUUUCACAGGCCAGAUGCAAAACCAGAAACCUUUACCUACAGAGUGUGGGAGACGUUAACAAGUCAAGUUCCUUGUGGCCAAACCGUCUCCUAUGCCCAGCUUGCAGCCAUGGCUGGAAACAACAAAGCCUGUCGAGCUGUAGGUGGCGCUAUGAGGGCCAACCAGAUUGCGAUUCUCAUGCCUUGCCACCGAGUGACGGCUAGUGGGGGUGGUCUUGGCAACUACAUGUCAGGCAACGGGAACGCUUUGAAGAAAUGGCUUCUUGAUCAUGAAGGGGUGACUUUCAAAUAGGAGAUCAAAAUCUCCCCUUGCUGUAAAGUGUAAACUUCUUUGGCAAUAACAAGCCCUAUGAAGUUUAGCGUUCAGUACUUAUUUUUGCAACUCGCGUAUUCAAUUGAAGUUUUCAGUUAAAAAAAUCUAUAUUUAUGGAAGUAAAUGUAGAUUUUUAUAUCUUCUUGUUGAUACGUGGCAAGAGAUAUUUGCCUCCAGGCUACAUUUGUUAGGUAAACUUGUUUAGUUCUGGGCAUAUGUCCCUGGCCUUUGUUUUGUUUAUGUUUGUAUUUUCUGUGUUUUAAUGUCAAAUAAAUAAAUAUACUAACAAUAAUAGCACUGGGCCCAAUUCUACAGAGAUGCUUACAUGUGUAAGCGGGGAAAAGUGCCCACAAAGCACAAUUGUUUUGUGUUUUAUUAAAUUUUGCAGCUCUAUGAAAAUGGGCCCCUGGUCUUGUUUAUUCUUAGGCCUAACUGUAAACCAGGGCCCAAUUUCAUUGAGCUGCUUAAGCACAAGUAGCUAUAAGCAUAAUAACAACAUGCUUUACCAGUUACUUGAAUAAGAUUACCAACCACAAUAGCAUGCCAUACAUGUACCAUUUAUGACUGGUACUCUGCUUCAUUUUGCUGAAGCAGAACUUUUCUCACAGAUGUCUUUGCAAGAUAUCAAAGGGAGAUUAUUUUCUACAUAAACACCAAGGAUUUUUUUACUACAAAGAUAGGUUUGUAUGUAUAGACUUGUGGACAAGAUGUUACAUGUCUGUCUUGGUGAAAGCGUAACACUCUGCUCUCUGGCGACUACUUAAAAGAAUACGUUGCCUUGGAUUGGUCGAGUUGGUCUUGGAAAAGCAUUUGUAACUGUUUGUUAUAAAAUGCUUAUG